UGUUUGAAUGGCCCAUAGAUUUUGCAGGGGAAGCAGUAUCCAAGACUAUGGCCCCUGGUUUUCACUCUCUCUCUCAAAAAACAACUGUUCACUCUUGCCCUUUCAUCCUAACCCUAGCAUUUCCUUCCUCCUUCUUCCCUCCGUUUUAUACCCCUUCAUUUCCUCUUCUUUUUCUUCACCAACAGAGAUGCCAACUUUCACAUCUCUGUCUUACCCUCCCUCUACUUGUACAAAAAUCACAUCUUGAAUUACAAAAGGAGAAUAAACAUAUUUUCUUUUUGACACUUUUUCCUCCCCUGCUUCCCCUGUUUUCCUCUGUUUUUCCUUGUUCAUCCCCAUUUCUUGAUUUUUUUCACUCUCUCUUUGAAACCCAGAUUUUAAUUUUCAAUUUUUAAAACUUCUCAGAAAUACCCAUAUCGAAAUUUAGCUCUUUUGUCUAUGCCCCUGAUAGAGUUGAUUCAAAAUUCAAAGGAAACACCUGAAGGCUGAAUGGGGAGAGCAGCUUUGGCUGAUAUAAAAGGGAAAGAUUUUAGCGAAUUGGCUAAGGAAACCAAAACAAAUACAGAAGAUACAAAUAAAGUUUCCAAUACGAAUAAGAACAGGAGUACUACUACUUCAGAUAGCAGUAGAAAGAAGAGCCGUCGGCGGCCUAAGAAGACGACGAUGCCGGCUGCAGUCAUGGUGUCGCCGGUUCAAAGGCUUUUCGAUACUUGCAAGGACGUUUUUGCUUUAGCUGGGACUGGAAUUGUCCCUACUCCGGAUAAAAUUGAACAGCUAAGAGCUGUUUUGGAUCAAAUCCAACCAGCCGAUGUUGGUCUUACUCCACAAAUGCCAUUUUUCAGUCUGCCAGUAACUCGGCGAGCUCCGCCAAUAACAUACCUGCACAUCCAUGAAUGUGAAAAGUUUUCGAUGGGCAUCUUUUGCUUGCCGCCAUCUGGUGUCCUUCCACUUCACAAUCACCCUGGAAUGACUGUUUUCAGUAAGCUUCUCUUUGGGACUAUGCACAUCAAAUCAUAUGAUUGGGUGGUUGAUGUGCCUAGCAAUGCAUCAGCUGUUGUGCCUCCUUCACAAACAGUGCAACAUCCUGAAGUCCGGUUGGCUAAGGUCAAGGUUGACUCUGACUUCACUGCUCCUUGCAACGCCUCCAUACUUUAUCCAGCUGAUGGCGGCAACAUGCAUUGCUUCACAGCUGUGACAGCAUGUGCGGUGCUGGAUGUUCUAGGCCCUCCGUACUCUGAUCCUGAAGGACGGCACUGCACGUACUACUUUGACUAUCCCUUCACAAAGUUGUCAGUUGAUGAAAUAACAGUAGCUGAAGAGGAGAAGGAUAAGUAUGCAUGGCUUCAAGAGAGGGAGAAACCUGAGGACUUGGCUGUUGUUGGAGCACCAUACACUGGGCCUGAGAUCGUGGAAAACUGAUCUCUGCAGCCAUCUACGUCAAUCCUGUAAUACACAUCAUUUCCUCAUCAACGUUGUCGUGUCAGUGGCUGCUGUGCAGCAUUAGGAAACUUUACUCUUCUUUUCUUUGUUUGCUUUCUCGUCUCAGUGGGACAUGGGUACUUUUGUUUUUCUUUUUCCUUACAGUUUCUGUAUAUAAAAGGGCAAAAAAAGAAAAAAAAAGAAAAAGAAAAAGAAAAAGAAAAGCCAAACUGCUGUAAGUGCACCGGAGGAUGUUGUUUGUAUCUCAAUGAGAGAAAUGUUAAAAGUGCGCUCUUUUGUAGUA